GCCGCGUCGGCCGCAGGAAGAUGGCGGGGCUGCGGCUGGGGCUGGGGCCGGCCAAGGAGCCGCUGGGGCUGUUUUUCUCCAUCUUCGCCUUCGCCACCUGCGGGGGGUACAGCGGGAAAGUCUCCUACUGGGUGAGCUGCAACGGAAAACCCAACGUUACCGUCACGGUGCCGUUCGGUUACCCGUUCCGGUUGAACCAGGCCGUCUUCACGCCGCCGACGGCCGAGCUGUGCAACAAGACGGAGCCGGGGGAGGUGCACCUGGUGGGCGACUUCUCCUCCUCGGCCCAGUUCUUCGUCACCGUCGCCGUCUUCGCCUUCCUCUACAGCAUGGCCGCCCUCGCCGUCUACCUGGGCUACUUCCACCUCUACCGGGGGGCGGGCGGGAAGCUGCCCUUGGCGGACUUCCUGGCCACCGUGGCCUUCUCCUUCCUGUGGCUGGUGAGCACCUCGGCGUGGGCCAAGGCCCUGACGGACGUCAAGAUCUCGACGGGCGCCCCCCUGCCCAACUGCAGCGGCCCCCGCGUCGCCUGCUACCACGCGGGGGUCAGCCCCAUGGGGUCCCUCAACGUCUCCGUGGUCUUCGGCUUCCUCAACCUCGUCCUCUGGGCCGGCAGCUCCUGGUUACUCAUUGGUGGGCGAGUUGACCGAGACCUGCUGGUGAUUGGUCCAGGCUUGGGCUCACCUCUUCCUCACGAGUCCUCCUCAAUGCGUCUUGACCGCCGGUGGCCAUCUUACUCCGCGCCCAACCCUCUCCUACUCCUUCCUCUCAGGGCUCCACCCCCGGGGGAGGGGGGGGGACACCUCCGGCUCCCCCUGCCCGUGUCCCCAACUCCUCCUGCCCUCGGGGGACCGGGCAGGGACGAACACUACAGCCCCCGCCCCGAUGCUUCUUCCUACUUUUGGGGGGCAGAGUUACGGUGACCUCGUGGCCCCGUGGGGGCGAGCGUAGCCCAGGCGAUCCCUCGUGGGCGGAGCUUCGUUCCCCUCCCACCCCCCGUUAUCUGCUGUUACGGGAACGUG